AUGGCAAACGAAUCUCAGAUCCGUCAGAAUUUCGCCAGCGACCUCGAAGCCGCGAUUAACAAGCAGAUUAACAUUGAACUUUACGCUUCUUACGUCUAUCUGAGCAUGGUGAGUCUUUCUCUUCGUUUUUAUUAUUUUAGCUUCAGUGUAAUGAUAUACAGGGCCCUAAUUGUUCAUUUUUAGUCCUUCUUCUUCGACAGAGAUGACAUUGCCCUCCCGAAUAUCGCCAAAUGGUUGAAGAAGCAGUCAGAUGAAGAAAGAGAUCAUGCCCAAGCCUUCAUGAAGUACCAGAACACUCGUGGUGGACGAAUUGUUCUCCAAAACAUCCAGAAACCCGAGAAGGAUGAGUGGGGAUCGGCGUUGGAGGCCUUCCAAGCUGCUUUGGCUCUCGAGAAGUUCAAUAAUUCGUCGCUUUUGGAGCUCCACAAAGUUGCAUCCGAUGUCAAUGAUGUCUCGGUAGGUUGACAAAAAAGUAGUGGAUAUGAGAUAAGGCUAGAGCGUAAUAGGCUUUAAUCAAAUGAUUAUAUUGCGCUUGAUCUUAUCUAAUUAAUAUUAAUGAUUUAAUAAUUAUAUAAUAUUAGGCCUGCGACUACUUCGAGAACAAAUUCCUCGCCGAGCAAGUGGAAUCCAUCGAGGAGAUCGGCAAAAUUGUAACGAAUUUGAAACGAGUUGGAAAGGGACUUGGAGAAUUCAUGUUCGACAAGGAGUUAGAAUAA